AUGGAAGGCGGGCCUAAGACAACGGGAGCAGACAAAGCCUCUUCCUCGUUAACACUCCUUGUUUCGUUGUUGGGAACGAGACGGCAGAGGGAGCCGACUAGUGACGGCAAAGCGGAAGUGAAACCAGGGGAAGAAAACCGAAAACUGCCAGGGCAGGUAACCACUUUAUCUUCGAUCAACGAAAUCCUUUCUCUCGGAGAAAAAAAGCAUCUGGAACUCAGCAUUAGAAAUCCGUACCCGUACGAUGGACAGCUGAUCGUAACGGUAGACACGGGAGAAGUCAGCCCGCCAGCUCAGGCACAGACAGCAAGUUUCACCCACCACGGUGGCUUUGGACAUGCGGAUUUCACCUGGGAGGAUCUGGCAGCUUUGGUGCACCGACAUAAAGAGGAGGGGAAGAAACAGACAUUGGAAGAGAGCAAGAAGAACGAGAAGGAAACAGACCGUCCGAAUGCGGGGGAGGAAGAAGAAUCCAGGGACGUUCAGGAUUCUCCCUUCGUGGUCAGACCUUCUUCUCAAGCAAAUCGCAGACAACAAGAAAGAGAGGACCAACGGCCCCUUUCCACUUCAGGUGCAAGUAACAGCUACUCUCCGUUCCGGCCAUUUUCCUCGUCGUCGUUCUCACGCGUGAAUUCGGCGUACUCUUCGGAGUCGCUCUCGUUCUCUCCUUGGUCUUCAGAAGACUCCUCCUCCUCUGACUCAUCGUACUCCGCUUUCCCCUCUUCAAGGCGCAGAGUCGCCGAGAAGAAGAGUAUCACGGAAGUUGCCGAGGAAGUGGAACGAAAUGAAGAAGCGGUGGAAGAUGACGAUAUUAGACAAGAUGCGGGCGACACAGAGGGCGAGGAAGGUGCAGCGCAAAGCGAAGAGGAGCAGGAGCCAGAAACCAGCAAAACACACGAAGAGGAGUCGCUGUGCACGGAAGAAGGAUACUCUACUGAAACAGAGAAGUCCGCGCCGGGGCGCAGAACACAACAGCGCAGUUCGGCGACCACGAAUUCUGGCGACGAGACAGACUGGGAUGUACGUGAGCGAGCGGGCGGGAAGCCGUCGGGGGAGUUCGGUACAUCGUCUCCCUCAAAGCACAAAAGGCCGCCUAUUUCGGUGGCGAGGACGGAUUUACCGCCGCGUCUGGUCAUUAAAUUGAAGGAAGGGACUCGGGCACUUGAAUUUGAACGACGAACGAGAGAAUUUCAACGGCAAAAAUGGGUAGACCAGGGAUUCGUGGAACCGAAUACGUAUGGUGACACCAGUGUUGCUGCUGGCGUUAGUGUGACUGUGGAUGAUCCGUACGAAAUCCAGAAACAUUUGAGAGGAUUCUUCUCAUUUAACGAACAACAGGCGGAGCUCGUGUCGAGCCUAAGCCACCUGAAACAGUUGGAUUUGCUGGUGCUGGACAUUGAAGAAUCGCGGCGUCUUUACUCGUCAGAUACGACGAAGCUGAAAGACGCUUUUUCUCAGGUUUCCGACGUGGAAUUCGUGGAGUUUGACGAAGUCGUCUACGCUUUGGAGAUAAUCCCGAAUGACCAACUAUUCAGUCUGCAGUGGAAUCUAUUUUACCCGCGAAAUCGCAUGGUCGACGUGAAUGCGCCACAAGCUUGGGAAGUCGUGGACGAAGUUUUGCGAGAAAAACGAGAGCGGGAAGGGUUGAGAAGAGAAGACGAAGAUUGGAAGGGACGAGUUGUGGCCGUGAUCGAUACUGGCGUGAAUUACCUGCACCCGGAUUUAAAAAACCAAAUGUGGGUGAACGUCAAGGAACUCUAUGGAGUUCCUGGAGUCGAUGACGAUGGCAAUGGGUACGUAGACGAUGUCUACGGCUACGAUUUCGUUAACGACCACGGAGAUCCGAUGGAUCGCGAUGGCCACGGAACUCACUGCGCGGGUAUUAUCGGAGCACAGGCAAACAAUGGACUGGGCAUUGCUGGAAUCAACUCGCGGACUCGAAUCAUGGCGCUGAAAUUCAUGGAAGGAGAAACCGGGUACGUGUCGGAUGCGGCCCGGUCGCUGGACUACGCGAUUCAGAACGGGGCGUCCAUCAGCUCGAAUUCUUGGGGAAACGCGGCUCGACUUCCUCGCACAAUGAUCGAGGCAGUCCACCGUUCAGCCGAGAAAAACAUGCUUUUCGUGACGGCUUCCGGCAACGCGGGUGGGAUCGACUCGACCUCAGAGAACCGCGACGAAAACCGUUUCGGCAGAGAUCUCGACGAGGAGCCGCUGUACCCAGCGGCACUCGCCAACAGCAACGUCCUCACUGUGGGUGCGGUGGGUCAAAGUGGAGAACUCGCUUCUUUCUCUCACUUUGGAAAGAAGACUGUCGACCUCGCAGCUCCUGGAAUGAACAUCUUCAGCACUUGGCUUCUCGAUUCGUACGAAUACAAAGACGGGACCUCCCAGGCCUGCCCACUCGUCGCCGGAGUCGCUUCACUCCUCUGGACGAUGAAGCCGGAAGCCAGCGUCGAAGAAAUCCGCAGAAUCCUCAUUGUCUCUUCAAAACGACUGCCAACGAUUCAAAACACCAUUGCGCAUGGACUCGUCGACGCCUACGCUGCUGUUGUGACCCUUCAGGAGACUCUUGGUCAGUGGAUAACAGUUCAUGCUCCUUCCACGUUGUCACCACGCAGCACAGCGACGGUCUCUCUGGACAUUCGCGGCAAGCAGAACGGCUUUUAUCGAUCGCAGCUGCGGCUGCUGGCGAACUACCAAGGCACUCCACUGAAUCUGGCAAUUGUUCCGAUCCGACUGCAAGUCGCCGAGUCUCCGAUUCUCGAGUUUCCUCCAGUCAUCGUUUUGGACCCCGUGUUGCGAAAUGUGAAUUCCCUCCCCGUCGCUCUUCCUGUCCGCGUUCCCACCGACCAGGGCGCGGUGUUGGUGAAAGUUUUGAAGAUCGACGCGACUGCUGCAGAUACUUUCUUCCACCUCAGCCCUCCCGGAGGUGAAGUCCGCAUUGAAAAUGGAAGGUUCCUCUCCCCCAUCAAGGUCGGCUGUCGCAUGUUAUCUCCCGGCACCGAAGAUGGCAUCCUGACGUUGCGUGCUCGACUUGCAGACGCCUCUCCUUCUUCCUCUCCAUCUUCCUCUUCUUCUUCCUCUUCUUCUUCCCCUUCUUCUUCUGAGCCUGUGGAGCGUCUAUACACCGUCCGGCUUCGGUGCGUCGCGAUCGAUGUCGGUGUAGCGCCCGUGUUUCUGGAUCUGACGGUGCCUCCGGACAGCGAGGUGAUGCAGGAGUUUUCGAUUGAGAAAGGAGAGCGUCUCCUGCAGCGUGAAGUGCGAUACUCUGUCGAGUUCGUCUCUGUCGUGGAGCAGUCGGAAGAGGGAAAGAAGAAUUUCAGAGGCGCUAGGGAGACAGGCGUCGAGCGCCUCCGGGGCUCAGAUUCGAAGUUCGACUCAGGCGGCUCCGCGCCGACCAGAAACUCCGGUGGCAACAUGAGCGACUGGGCAUGGAAUCGCGAGUCGGAGAGAAUCCCAGGACAAAACAGAAGUGGAGAAGAAGACUCAAAUGAAGCACUGGGAGACGCAGGCUACGCAUAUCUCAUCAACGGAGCAGACCCGCCUCCAGGACUCCCUCCUGUGAAAUACCAGUGGAAUGACAUUAGCGCCUCGGGUCAGCCACUCUUCGCCUCUGGGCGUCUCUCGCGCAUCCGUCGAGUGACUCUCGCCUUCGAUUUUCCUUUUUGGGGAUCGCCGUUUCGACAACUCUUUGUCUCUCCAACUGGGUUUGUUUCGGUGGAAAACGUCCAGGGGCCAGAGCUUUGGAAACCUCCCAGCAUGCCCGACAAAGAGGCGCCGAAUGGGGUGCUUGCGCCUCUCUGGAUGGAUUUCCCGCCAUCCGACUCUCCGGGAUCGAACAUCUUUUUUCAGACCUGGCAGGACAGAGCCAUCGUGCAGUGGGAAAACGUACAUGUCCGAAAGCGCUCCUUCCAGCGCUCGGGUGUACCUACAGCCGGCGCCACUUUCCAGCUCGUUCUGCAUGCAAGCGGACGCAUCCUCUUCUACUACAAAAGCGUUGCUCCGACCUACACGCCUCGGGACUGGGCCGCUGCUGUGAUGGGAGUUGAGAGCCCCGACGGUCUGAGGGCGACGAAGAUUUCAGAGGGUGUCCCGCAGUCGGAGAUGGCUGUGUUGCUGUUCCCUAGCUCCUUCGCCUCCUCUUCUCGCCUUUCCUCGCGCGCGAAAAGCAGCUCCUCUUCUCGCGGCCUCUCCUUCGGUGGCUCUGCGUCCUCUGCUGGACGCAAUCUCCAGCUCCAGCAUGAGUCGGGCGUCAUGGAUGUCUCUGGCACGAAGACGCGCGUCUCCUUCACCGUGAACUCGAAGAACUUCAAGGCCGGAGAGACGGUCUCUGGCUUCUUCCUCGUCACCGCCAUGUUUCUCGACAGCUCUCUGAACAAGGUCUCCGGCUCGGGCGCCGUCCUCGUCUCCAUCAAAGUCGAAGCUCCGAAAGCGUCGAGCGGCGACUCCGCAGGGCAAGAACAACAGACAAAGGCCAAGACGGCGCAGUGUCCCCUCUCCGAAGAACUGGCUGCAGAGCAGUGGAACGAGCUCCUCGACGUCUUUGUACGCCUUCCGCAGGCGACGCUCGUGGGCGCCGAAGAGAUCGCAAAAAACAGCCCUCUCUCGCUCGGACGAUGCGCCCUGCUCUGCCUCGAGGAUCCUUCGUGUGCUCGCUUCAGCUUCAACUGGAUCAAAACAGAAUGCGUCAGAUAUUCAAGAAACCCAGAGGAGAAAAGCGACGCGACGGCUCUCCAGAGAAGCCCCAGACAGAACGCGGCGGAACGAGGACAGAGAACACCCGCUGUGCAGACAGUCGUGGACAGCUGGACAGAUCUCUUUGAGCGCCGGGAGGAAGCGAAUGACGAACCCCUUGGGCCGCCUCCCUUCUUGCCCUACGGUCGCAUGCCUCCACCUUUUCCCCCUGGGUCUCCUGGCCCCUACGGGCCUCCCCCUGGGUCGCCUGUCCCCUAUGGGCCUCCCCCUGGGUCGCCUGGCCCCCAUGGGCCUCCCCCUGGGUUUCCAGGGUUUCUGCCACUGCCGUCUGCUGGCCCUCUCGACGCGCCUCCAAAGGGAACUCCUGAGAACCCACCUCUUCCUUCUGCCUCCGCCCCUUCAGAUGCAAAUGAAUCAACACCAAUUUCAGUCACUUCCUCUUCUUCGCCUUCUCCUGUGUCUUCUCCAACUCCGUCUUUUUCGUCUCCCCCAUCUCCUGCUUCUUCUUCUUCGCCUGCUUCUUCUUCUGCAUCGUCCCCUCCUUCCUCUUCUGGAGGGGGCGGAGGCAGCGAAGCUGGGAGACAGGCGCAGAACGCCGGUGAAAAAGAGGACGCGAAAUCUGAACAUGAAGAGCAAAAGCCUCAGCCACGACCCCCGCCCAGACCUGCGCCUGUGCCGAGACCCCCUCCAAGUCGAUCGCCGUUUCCUCCUCAGCUUGCUCAACGUCGACCUCCGAUGCCUCCUCCCAUGGGGGGUGGGCGCCCGCCGAGACCCGGAGGAGGAGGCCAGCAGGGCCUUGCAGGUCCUUACGCUUUCCUCCCUCCUCCUCCUGCUUCCCUCCCUCCGCCUUCUCCCUCGUCUCCUUCUUCUCCCUCGUCUCCUUCUUCUCCUCCCUCGUCUCCUUCUUCUCCUACCUCAUCUCCUUCGUCGCAAGCUCCGCCUCCGCCGUCUCCUCCGUACCCUGCGCCACCGUACGGCUUCCCACCGUCUCCACCCUUUGCUGGAGGCGGCUAUCCGCCUCCUUACCUUCCACCGUAUCCUCUGUAUCCUCCCUCUCCCUACUUUAUGCCGCCUCCUGGGCCUGGCUUCGGACCUUCUCCGCCGCAGCAAGCCCAGGCGCCUCCAAACGCAGGUGUCGCCUGA